CAUCUUCCCAGGUGACCACGCCGGCCUCAGGACAUGCCCGGGCACAGCCGCAACGGGCAGGCCCACGUGCCCCGGCGGAAACGCCGCAACCGCUUCGUCAAGAAGAACGGCCAAUGCAACGUGUACUUCGCCAACCUGAGCAACAAGUCCCAGCGCUACAUGGCGGACAUCUUCACCACGUGCGUGGACACGCGCUGGCGGUACAUGCUCAUGAUCUUCUCCGCAGCCUUCCUCAUCUCCUGGCUCUUCUUUGGCCUCCUCUUCUGGUGCAUCGCCUUCUUCCACGGUGACCUGGAGGCCAGCCCCGCGGUGUCCGCCACCGCCGGGGGCUCCUCGGGCAGUGGCGCAGCAGGCCCGGUCCCCAAGCCUUGCAUCAUGCACGUGAACGGCUUCCUGGGCGCCUUCCUGUUCUCCGUGGAGACGCAGACCACCAUCGGCUACGGGUUCCGGUGCGUGACGGAGGAGUGUCCGCUGGCCGUCAUCGCCGUGGUGGUCCAGUCCAUUGUGGGCUGCGUCAUCGACUCCUUCAUGAUCGGCACCAUCAUGGCCAAGAUGGCCCGGCCCAAGAAGCGGGCGCAGACGCUGCUGUUCAGCCACCACGCGGUGAUCUCGGUGCGUGAUGGCAAACUCUGCCUCAUGUGGCGCGUGGGGAACCUGCGCAAAAGCCACAUCGUGGAGGCCCACGUGCGGGCCCAGCUCAUCAAGCCCUACAUGACCCAGGAGGGGGAGUACCUGCCGCUGGACCAGCGGGACCUCAAUGUGGGCUACGACAUCGGCCUGGACCGCAUCUUCCUAGUGUCGCCCAUCAUCAUCGUCCACGAGAUCGACGAGGACAGUCCCCUGUACGGCAUGGGCAAGGAGGAGCUGGAGUCGGAGGACUUCGAGAUCGUGGUCAUCCUGGAGGGUAUGGUGGAAGCCACCGCCAUGACCACCCAGGCCCGCAGCUCCUACCUGGCCAGCGAGAUCCUGUGGGGCCACCGCUUCGAGCCCGUGGUCUUUGAGGAGAAGAGCCACUACAAGGUAGACUAUUCACGCUUCCAUAAGACCUACGAGGUGGCGGGCACGCCUUGCUGUUCGGCACGGGAGCUGCAGGAGAGCAAGAUCACCGUGCUGCCCGCGCCGCCGCCGCCGCCCAGUGCCUUCUGCUACGAGAACGAGCUGGCCCUCAUGAGCCAGGAGGAAGAGGAGAUGGAGGAGGAGGCGGCGGCCGCAGCGGCAGCCGUGGCUGCAGGCCUGGGCCUGGAGGCAGGCUCCAAGGAGGAGGCGGGCAUCAUCCGAAUGCUGGAGUUUGGCAGCCACCUAGAUCUGGAUCGCAUGCAAGCCACCCUCCCGCUGGACAACAUCUCCUACCGCAGGGAGUCUGCCAUCUGACCUCCAGGCCUCCUCCUCCUCCUUUCCCGCCAGAGCCUCUGCCCCUGUGGGAUGCCAGGACUUCUCUCCCA